UACCAUACGUUCCGUGCAGCGCGUACCCGGAUGCACAGGACUGACCACACCAUACCUCCACAGGAAGCUUUGGAGAAGGGGAGAUACCUCUGGGCUCCUCGCAAGGAAAGGAGCGACAAGAUGGACGAACGUGUCAUGGGUUUGGCGAGGAGGUUCUGGCACUCUGACGAUAUUUCUCGUGCGUCGGGAGACUCCGGGACGAAAGCUAUGUGGAGGCCGUCCAAGAAGGCAGGGGAGGAGUAUCACCCCCGUAGGCAGCUCAUGGUUGCGGGGGACCAAGUAUGGCGCAAGUUUCUGAAGUGGCCGGAGUACUUGGGGCUUAAGGCGGAGCUGCUGAGGGAAGACAGCAGCUUCACGGACCCUGGGCGGACGCUGUUCCUCUCGACGCGGUGUGGGUGUUUAGUGGAACCCAAGGUAUCGCAGUGUGCAUGCCAGAUCCACACGCAGCAGGGGCUGUACCUGAAGGCCUUCGAGAUGUUGAUGCCUGCAAUGCAUGCCAACUGUGACUGCACGUGCAAGUGGUGCGACGGGGGGAGUGGGUGUGGAAAGUGGAUGGCCAUGUGUAAAUAUCUGCAUAGCUUUUCAGAGGCUUUGGCUUGAAGGUAGACUUUCUUGAGGAGGACCGAGGGGGUAGGUUUGAGCACUGGGGGAGGAAGCCCUCAUGCGUUGCGAUAGAAUGCUCCGAAUGCGGGUUUGGCAACCCAGGUGGCAUCCCCAUGAACUGCGAUGCCCUGGGGUCUAUGGCGGACAGAGUAGUCGGGUGGCUUCGAUUCGAGGAUCAAGUCAUGGAGGAUGGGAAGGUGCACAAGAAGCAGCAGAUACCCCAGGCCGGAAAACUGGACGACCUGUGGAAGGAGUUUGUGGAGCACUCGAAGAAGUACAUUCAUCACCACGAGCUAGCAAAGUGGCAGCAAGCUGGUCCCCCUACCGGAUCAAGAGGUUGCACAUCAAGCUUCUUGGACACCGAGAGAUCCCUCGCCCGUUCGUAGAUUUGACGGGCAUCUCUGGGAGUUCCAAGCUGUACCAGUUCAUGGGAGCGGAGGUCCAGGAGGAGGAGAGCUCGGGCGUAGGCGUAGAGGUGCAGACAGAGAACGGGGUUCCCCUCGUAGGUGGCGAGAAAGAGGUUGUAGCUAACCCGCAGAGAUGGCAGGCGGACGAAUCAACCGUUCUGACGCUUCCGGCUGUCACGAAGCGAUACAAGCUACGCGUUCGCCAGGCGUCGUGCUACUGCUCGAAGUGUAGUGUUGGAGCUUACGACGACUGCGUCCCGGCCAAGAAGUACGCGGGGAUGGUGGGUAUGGUGAAGGCUGUGUCGGGCAAGCACAAGGUUACUCGGGCGUCUUGUGGUGUAGGGAAUUGAGGGGUGUCCGUGGUGCACGUCAUGUUCUCGUGUUUGGCUCCUUGUUCUCUUCCAUGUUCUUUUGUUUUUGG